CAGGCCGUCUUUUAAGGAGGCGCGGUCCGCGUGCUCAAGUCUGCACGCCUUCAGCAAGUUCUUACGACGGUCCAGCGCGCUACACACACCAUGGCGGCGACGACGCUUCUCUGGCAGGUGGUGAUGCUGGCAGUUGCUGGGGCGCAUGCGCAGUUCGACCUACCGUACCCCCUGCAGCUGGUGCGAGCCGCUCCCAGUGCAGUCAGCCCACAGCUAUACGGCCCCCAGCCUGAGGCUGUGUCGCUCAUCAGAGGCAGCACGCAACCAGGCGACAGCCAACAGCAGGCGCCCGCGGAAGAGGAGAUGACGCAGUUCCAUUCGCAGGACGCGGCCGGGCGCUCGCUCUUCGGCUACAUGAUGGCCGACCAGGCGCGCAUCGAGGCCAGGGCUCCGGACGGCUCCGUCAGGGGCUCCUACACAUACCUGGACCCCAGCGGACGCGCCAUAAAGGUGCAGUACUGGGACGAGGGGCAGGGCUUCCACGCCGCCGGAAACCACCUGCCCGCCACCUACCCGGGUCUUCCGCAGCCCGUCCGGGACACACCGGAGGUGGAGGCUGCGCGAAAGCAGCACCUGCAGGCCUACCAGCAGGUGCUGCGCAGACAGCUUCAGCUGCUGUACCAGCAGCAGCAGGUGCAGGAACAGCAACAGCAGCAGCAGGUGUACGAGCCGCCCUCCGGGGGCGGCGGCGACAGUGAGGUGGUGGUGGUGGAGAGCGACCCGGCGGCGCCGCCCACGGACUACGCCGAGGACGAUCCGGGCCAGCGCUACCCAUCGCUGCCGCUGGUGCCCGCCCUGUACGACCCCUCGCACGUGCACGACGUGGGCCGCGACGCCGUCAUCGUGGACUCCGCCGCUGCCAGGCAGCCCCAGCAAGGAUCUACGAUCGGCGAUCGCCAAAACUCCACUGACUCCUCGGAGGCCCUAGUGAAUUCUGGAGGAGAUGUUCUUGUUCACGACGCUGAUUCUGCGCAGCGGUUCAUCAUCGUGUAUGCGGACAGCGCAACCGGAGACAAUACUAUUAGUGAAAACGAUGACGAGAAGCCUUCGGCGAAACAUGUGCGUUCAGCGCUGCAAAAUACGAGCACUUCCGACGUCGCCGCCCAGCAGAAUCACACUGCGACUGCAACUCGGCGGGCUAGAAGGGGUAGGGUAACUAUAUACGACUACAUCAAAGAACGCGACCCCGAGAAGAUGGCCAGAAAUUUCCCAGAGUCGUACUUGAUACAGGAAAUUUUCAACUCGUCGAGAGCUUUAAGGCGUAAUGAUGAUGACACGGAUGAUCUCCAGAGGGCCGCGGAAAGGGAAUUCCAGUUCCUCCACAAAAUUGGUGGGGCCAAGAGCCACGGUCGCUCUAUGUUAGCAGCAGAUGUGGUGACCUCGGAUUCUGGUAAUAGGCGGAAGACGUUCUACAAAGCUGGAGUGGUCCUGCCAGACUUGAGUUAUCCUACAAGGCACAGUGGAGUAUCAGAGACGUCUAGGCAGGCAGGUGGCGCUGCUUUCCCUGGAGGAGAACCAAUUACCAAUCGAGGCUCUUCGACAAGUUAUAAUGGAAAUAGAGGUACCUACAGACCGCAUUUCACAUAUGUUGAGGAUAGAGGAAUCGAUACCUCCAGGAAAGGCCAGUCCAGCCUUAGCCACAGAUAUGACGAUCGUCCUUUGAUUUCCACCGAGGGAGAGAUUUCUCGUAAUUACUCUGUCUCGUCAGUCAAUUCUGCUUCACAAGAUUCUCCACACCCUGUUUACUACCCACCCACUAACUCUUACUCUAAUCAGACGCAAGCGGCUGUACAUGUUGUGUACAACGAAGCAGGACGCUCGAAUGAGCACAGAGAGCAGACUUCGUUACCAGGAGUUAGUCCUCUAAAUCCACAGCAAGAAGGUAACCUGGGAGCAUACGACCUGCGUGGUUUGCAGCAGCCUUAUAAUCAUCAGCAAUUACCUUCAGACGCAUACUCUAGGCCCCAAGAGCAUUCCAGAUCACGAUAUGUACCACACCCAGUUUAUUACAAUGGUAAUAGCUACUCUGACGCUAAUGAGACUCAGGUGACUCCAGAUUCAUCAUUUAACGGAACAGACAAUGAUGGGAACGGAGGGCAGUAUCAAUUCUUCGAAGACAGCUCUGUAGCUUCCUCGCAUUUUGGAAAAAUGGCGACUACUCAACGACGAAAUAAUGAAAGGGUGACGAUUAGCAACUACUUUGCGGAAGGCAGAAUGCCGGUUGUUGUUGGGGAUGAUGUUGCCUAUAGUACCCCACACAACAAGUAUGGUGCACUGUUUUACAAAGUUGACUCAGAUGGUGAUGGAAGUCACGGUACUGAUAGUGAGCACAGUAUUUUUAGGGUCAGCUCUCAAACUGUCGCCCCACCCCACGUUUCAGGCGGUUUCUACAGCAAGGGGAGCACUGCCCACAGCGACCAGUCGACCCAUUACGGCGGCCACCCGUCGGGCGUCACCAACGUCGGAGGGUACCCACCUGUGGCCAUGCAGUACCUACAGGACAUUGCCAGAAGAGCUGACACGCCAGUCUACAGGCAGGCCGGGAGCAAGGAGGCAGUCAUCCUCAACAACCUGAUCGGCAGGAGCGCUUCGUCGAAGGCCAGAUCUCUCGAAGCUCCUGCUGGGGAAGCAGGUAAAGUAGCAGAUCCAGAGGGCGGAUCUGGUGCCAGUAAAGAGGAGCUGGUGGCGGAGACGGUGGCUGCCGGCUCCUCCAGAGACGAACACGCGGCAGCGGCCGAGACCGAGGCUGGAGAGGCCAACGGAGCUACUCCUGGAAACCAGCGGUCGGUGGUGUCGCUGAAGGACGGGGCAGCGGAGUCGUACAGCGCCAUGUACAUCCACCCGGGGCGCCAGGCCAAGGCGGCGUCUCCCAAGGCCGCCGCGAUGCCGCAGCCGCAGGUGGACGGCGGGUUCUUCUACAGCUUCCACCACCCCGUCAUCCCAGUGGCGGUGCAGGUGGCGCAGCCUGUGGCAGCCGACGCCGCCGACGCCGGCGCCGCCGCCGACGCCAAGGCGCCCCCGCGGGGACUUAGCGUCUCGCAGAGGGCGUCGCUGUACGACGCGGUGCCCGUCGCUGCAGUCCACGACGCCCAGGUGCCGCCGUACCUUCGGGGCGCCGUCACAGACCACCAGACCAAACCCGUCUUCAUACACUACGACCCGGCCGAUGCGGCUGCUGCUAGCUAGUCUACUGCUGGACGACCUCCCUUCCUCACACAAUCCGUACAGUGACUAGAUCGCCUCCAAAUGCACUUACCACAAAUUCUGCACAGCAUCCAGAUAAUGAGGUCUCACUUCUCACUCGCCAAUUAGGCAUACAUCUGGUGUGUGCCACAAAAAAAUAUUCUUUACGUAAGAAUAAUUUUUAACGACUCCACAUGACUAUGGGACUGAUUAAUAAGAAGUGUCAAGACAUGAGCAGUCUCAGAAUAAAAUCAGAACUGAAACUUCUCAUAUAUAUAGUGAAAAACAUUUUGUACUGUCGCUUAUGUUGUAGACAGAGAUGUACAUUCUGCCAUCCACUUCGUUUUGCAUUGCAUCGAUGUGGAUGUGCAGUAACUAUCACUUGUCUUUUGAAACUGAGGCUUAUUUUUGUUUCCAUCCAAUUGGUUUUUGGUAUCUUCAGUAGUAAACAAAGAAGAUAAAUGGAAUAUUGUUAACUUGACUAUGAAAAUGUAUGUGAAAUCUUAUGCGACUUAACAGCUAAGGUCAUCAGUCCCUAAGCUUACACACUGCUUAACCUAAAUUAUCCUAAGGACAAACACACACACCCAUGCCCGAGGGAGGACUCGAACCUCCGCCGGGACCAGCCGCACAGUCCAUGACUGCAGCGCCAAGACCGCUCGGCUAAUCCCGCGUGGCACUUGACUAUCAUCGUUUUUUCGUUGAAGUAUAUAGUGCCUCGCGGUACCACUUUAGGGUUAACUUACCAUUCAAAUGAUUCAAAAAUAUUUCGUUCCUAGAUAUGUAAUGUAUCCUAGCAGAAUUUGUACGUUAACUUAAUACUGAUAUUCCUUACAAAUAUCUUCUUGUAGAUAUUAAAUGCACUGUACACACACUUCUAAGUUAACUUAACAAAUACAUCAUUUAUAACUAACAUGAAUCGUAAGUCGACCUAAAAAUACUACGAUGUAAAACUAAAAACAAAAUUUACUUUCUUACUUUCUUUGUAGACCAAUGAAGAUACCAGAAUGGUUAACUGAAACAACUAUGAUUAUAAACAAAUAUAAUAUUCAGUUGCAAAAGACAAUUAAAAGUUAUUCUUAUCUACAAGGUAAGCUGGAUAGAUCUAGCAAUUAAGAAUGCCUACAAAUGUUAACUAUACCAUUACGACAUCAUGGACUUACAUGCAAUGUUGUGAAAAGCUGUUUAAAUUGGGCAUCUGCGCUAUUUAUAAACUUGAUUGUUACUUCAUAAUUUUCAAUGGCAGUAAGCACCAAAUAAAAUACAAAAUGCUGAAUUUCUACCUGCACCACAUCAGCAACAUUUUCUUGUGUAUUUGUUGGUAUCAUUAUUCUCAACAUACCGGCCUCCGUUACUGUCUGCUGUUAAGAAGUGAAUAUGGAACAUGUUUUGCCACUAAUGAAGAUCAUUUUCUGUAGCAUAUUUUUACUAUUGUCGGUAGUGGAAUCUAUUAUUCAUGUGUUUCUGUAUCAUUUGUUUAAUCAACUCCUUGUUCCGGAUGUAAAUAUCAUUGAGACGCACAUACUAUAAUGUCUCGCAAGUUUCUACCUCUGAUGUCUGCAAGAACUUCGAGGCUCAACCUACAAGACGUGCUUUGUUGCAUUUGCAUAAAUUUCAUAGUGCCCGUGAUAGCAUCUUUACUCGCUAAGUGAAGGGGGAACUACAUAGCGAAGUUAAGUUGCAUAUUUCUUUGUUUCAGAACUGUCUUGGAUGAAUGAUUAUAGAGCAAAACGAAUACUUGUAACUUCAUUUGAUGUUUAUACCUUUGCACACAAAGACAAUCAUACAGCCACUUUGCGUUUUUUGGCUGCUACAGAGUAUACUACUUACCUCUAUGGAUAUUUCUUAACUGAUACAUAUAACAGAGGUAACGAGAAACGGGGGCGAUGUGGAUGCAAAAAAUAUGUUGACCUAACAUUUUUAGAAGUACGUAACUUGCUUGACUCUGUCGUAAAAGUUGUCUGAUUUGCACGUUCCUCUUCAGAUGCUGUAGCAAUAUUUCUUACAAAUAUUUCUAAAGUUAGUUACAGAUUUAGUACCGUUAAUGCAAUUUAUACUGUUUUCUGAAUUUUUUGUAAGCUCGUUACUGUAAAGCUAUGGAGCUAUGGAGCGACAGUCUGUGUCUCUAGAGUUCACAGGCGAUUUACAAAAGACUGCAUUUGAUUGCAUGUAAUGUUACUGUGUAACGUGUGUCAAACUUUUAAGAUGACGAUUGGUUUGUUAUUAUAUAAAAAUAAUGGUCUGUGACAAUAGACUUGAGCUUUAUGUAUACGUAAGCUCUUGAAAUGCAGUGUAAGAGUUUAAAUAAUGCAGGUGUAUAAUCUUCCUGUUUUAGUAAACUUAUUUUUAGUUGUAAGACAUGAUGUGUAAAAGUACAUAAAGUCGCUUUACUACAACCCACACGUCUGCUUAGGCUUUGAGCAGACUUUGUAGCAUCGUCAAUUUAAACCUCAGUAAAUGCACAGCAUACAUUUCUUGAAUUUCUCUAUGUGCCAUUGUUAUGAUUUUUAAAAACAUAUAUUGAGUAAUUAAAAACCCGAACAAUAAAAUGAGUUUACAAUUA